CGAGAGAAGGACACCCAGACGCGUGCGCGCUUCGCCCGCCAUCCGCCCUUGGUCAGCGAGCUCGAGCCGAGCUACCCCCAACAAGCCCGUGCUCGAUGGUUCUGUAGCCGACCGCUGAAGGCCCUCACUUCUCGGCCUCUUGUGGUUUCCCCCCAUCUGCUCAGCAAGCAUCACCCACUGCAUCGGCCCUCUCCACCCCUCCCGCCCCUCCCACUGUUCAGCUCUCCGCCAUCAUGCACCUUGGUGCCUCGGUGGCUAUGACCUCGGCCCCGGACGAGGCGCCCGGAGCGGCCCUCGCCGAGCAGCCGGACAUAUGCCCCGCGCCCACCCAGUCGUCGGUCGCCAGCUGUGACCGGCCCCCGGGUGGCAGCACCGCUGCCACCACCAUUGCUGCUGCUGCCGCCGCCGCCGCCGCCACCGCCGCCCCCCCGGCCGGCGGCCGUGUCCCGGUCGCUGUUUUGUCCCCUCUUCACAGUACAUCCACAUCGCCGGCCACCAGCCGCGCGUCCACCCCGACCCCGCUGCAGAUCGCCACCGCCCCAUCCAGCCUGUCGGCCCUUUUAUCAAGCGCCUCCUUUGCCAGCCCUCUCGCUUCGCCGAUGCCGACGGACUCCCGUGGCCCCGGCCCCCAGGGUCCUGCCUCCUCCUCCUCCUCCUCCUCCUCCUCCUCCUCCUCCUCCGCCGCCGCCUCCGAAGCCCCGGCCCGCGUGAGCCAACUUUCCCAGCCACCCUUCGUCCCGACUCCUGGCGCGCCCGGCUCCACCACCAACCCGCCCCCAGCCAGCCCGGUCCUCAUGCCGCAGUCGCCCUCGACCUUCGGCGUGACCCGAUCGCGGAAUGCCACCGCCGAAUUCGAGGACGUGUGCUCUUCCGAUCUUGGACCUCUCCGAUCCUCCUCAGCGCCCGGCUCCACCACCAACCCGCCCCCAGCCAGCCCGGUCCUCAUGCCGCAGUCGCCCUCGACCUUCGGCGUGACCCGAUCGCGGAAUGCCACCGCCGAAUUCGAGGCCGGUGUCGCCUUGUCGCCGCCCUCCUCGUCUUUGCGCACGGAUUUCAAUGAGGACGGGCUGGAGGCCUUUCGUCGGCGUAAUGCCGAAGGCUCGGCCGGGCGCGGCGCCUCUUCCGGCACCUCCCCCGCCGGCUCGAUGGCUCCUCCAGCUAGCGGCAACGGCAGCGGCAGCACCAAGAUCCCGUCGCAGCUCCAAACAGAUCGGAAGAGCGUCGUGGAUUUCAAUGAGGACGGGCUGGAGGCCUUUCGUCGGCGUAAUGCCGAAGGCUCGGCCGGGCGCGGCGCCUCUUCCGGCACCUCCCCCGCCGGCUCGAUGGCUCCUCCAGCUAGCGGCAACGGCAGCGGCAGCACCAAGAUCCCGUCGCAGCUCCAAACGCGGGGUUUCCAAGUGGCGGAUGACCGCCAGCAACAGCCGCCCCCCUCGCCGACGUCAUCUCGCUUGGCUCGGCCCAGCGGCGGGCAUCUCCCCCCCGGGCCAUUGCAGAUUUCCGACACCCCCUCUCGGCAUGUUGGCUCCCCUCCCUCCUCGCCGAUGAUGUCCCGGGCCUUCCUGGCAUCGGGCACCACCUCGGGCCCGAGCUCCGGCUUGCAGGCUGCCGUCAGCAGCCAGGCCGGCUCCUCCGGCUCGGCGCCCAACUCCGCUGGGUCCCUGGAGUCUGGCACCACACCGCGCACUUCCUCCGCCUCCGCCUCCGCCUCUGCCCCCUCCUCCUCUUCCUCCUCUUCGAGUGGGGUUCGAUUCAAGCCCUUCGGCUACAGUGAGACCCGGGUUGUCUACUUCGACGCCAAUGCCCCGGUGGCGGUGCGCGACACCCCGCCCCCGGGAUCGGUGGCCCCCCUGCGCAUGGAGAAGCCGGCCCCGGCCGCCUCCUCCGGCUGGACCAUCAACAACUUCCUGUCUCCUCUGCUUUCGUCGUCGUCGUCCUCCUCGGCGGCGGCGGCGGCAGCGGCGGCGGCGGCCACCACUGCUACGGCUCCCGACGACGCGGCCCCGGCCGCGCCCGAGGUCAAGGGCAUCCUACGCGUCAGGCGCCGGCGUGUGGUGGACGCGCGCGCUGUGGCCGCCACCGCGCGCCGCCAAGCCGAGCGUGCCGCACGCACCGCCGAGAAGGAGGCCCGCCUGGCCGAGCAGGAGGCCGAGUUCGAGCGGCGUGCCGCCGCCGAGCGCGACCGCGCCAAGCAGGCCCGCCGGGCGCACCGCGCCCAGCGCGAGCUCAUGGACGAUGAGCCCGACACCCCGGGCGUCCUGCCGACGGUGGUCGUGCCUCCGGCGAUUGCCGCCUCGCCCAUGGUCCCCGGCACGGGGGCGGUUCCCACGCCGGCCGGGCCUCCCUUGGCUUCGAUCGACAUUGCCAGCCGGCUGAGCUCCAGCCUGACGGAUACCUCGGUGCCGGCCUUGGCGGCGGCUGCGGUGGCGGCGGCCGCCGUGGCCGCCACAGCCCUGGACCCGGUGGUCAUGGUGGCCACCACGGCCGCCGGCCCGGCGGUCCUCGACAUUUCCCCCUCCGGCUCGGAUGUGUCGCUGGCGCCCUGUGGAUCGGACCUGGUCGGAGCCCCGUCGCAUUCUUCGCUGCUCGGCAUCAUCGACUCGGCCGGGGGCAUGUUGGCCGAGUCGGCCACCAUUUCCACGGUUCUGCCCCCGGUCACGGUGCCCGGGCGCCAAUCCGGGCCGGGGCUCCGCGCUUCCGGCGGUGGAACCCUUUCGGCCUUCGAUUUUGGUCGCUUCGCCGGCGAGUCCGAGGCCGAGGAUGAUCUCCUGCAGCAGAGCGGCGACGACCAGGCCGCCGAUGCUGCCGGCGAUGCCAGCCCCACAGUCGGUGCCUCUGGCUCGGGUGCCUCGGGGCCCGGGGCCCCCGGGCCCGGCAAUGCCGGGACCCUUUCCGGGUCCAGUGCGCCGGGCGAAAUGGCCACCGGUCGUGAUCGCGCCACCGGGGCCACCUUCAGCAGCACUGGCGGCUUGCUGGUGGCGCCGGCUGUGCCGUAUCCCCUGGUGACCGAGCUUCCCGGCGUGCCAGCCGCCCUGGCCGGCCUGGUUACGCCUCCGGCCGGGGCCACUCCCCUGCUGACGUCGGCGCCCUUCCAUCAACGCCCGGCGGUCCGGGCCGUCCGUGCGGAUGGCCGGAUCCUGUCGGCCGGGCACCAGUUCGCCACCGCCACGCCAGACAGCUCGGCUGCCUCCUCGCCCGCCCUCAUUUCGUCGGCCACCAUGCCGCCGGUCGGCGGGGGGGGGGGGACCUCCCUGGCCGGUGGCCACCCCGGCGGCUCCUCCGGGCCGAAGCCAGCCGAGCUGACCCCCUGCAAUGCCUCUGGCACCGACGAGGUGCCGGAGUACGACCAUGCCGGCGGCGCGUCCGAUGACGAUGCCGAUGACGAUGAUCUGGAUGAUUCGGAGGAUGAGGGCAGCGAUUCCGGCGGCAGUGACCUCGAGGCACGGCCCACUCGGGCCGGCGAGCGCCUGGGCCCCCGCAAGACGUCCUCCAUUCGCCCGGCCAAGACCUUCCGCCAGCGGGGGGCUUCCCCUCCGGGGGAGCCGCGCAAGCGGCCCGACGGCCUGCCGGCCAGCGACUCGGGCGCCUCCGAUGAUGAAGGGUACAGCGCGGGGGAUGACGAUGAUGAUGACCUUCCCCCUCAUGGGCACUCGCAGGACAGGGACGAUGCCACCGGCUGCUCGCCGCUGCGUGUCCAGCGUUCCGGCGGGCCUCCGGCCCGUCGUGGGCGCUCGCCCUCCCCGGCGCCGCGCUUUGUCUCCGGGGCCGGUGUCAGCACCGACCGCCGGGGGCCGGGGGCCUCCUCGCCGGUGGCCGUCGCCCCGGCAGCCCCCGCCUCCGAGGUGGCCGUCUGCCCGAACCUGGCCAAGACCGUCCUCGCGCGCGCCAUGCGCCCGGUCGCGGUGCCCACCGACUCCGACUAUGUGGACGAUGUGGACGAUGUGGAUGACGAUGACGAUGACGAUGAUGAUGAUGGCGACCAGCACCUGCACGCGGCCCAUGGGGCUGUCAGGCCAUCUCGCUCGCCCUCCGAGCACACCGCCACCCCCAUCCCCACGGCCGGCGGGCCAGACGCCAAUGAUGAGGCGGCCGGCCCUGCUGCCGGCUCGGCAUCCGGCCCUGCCCCGGCCCACGAGCAGUCGGACAAUGACACUGACCAAAUUUCCGACGAUGAGCAGGACACCCUGAGCAAUGAGGUGUGCCGGCCCAAGAGCCCGGCCCGGCCGGGGAGCAAUGGCGCCACCUCGGCCGGCGUGUCUUCGGGCUCCCCCUGCCGGGGCAGUGCCGACACGGGGGACAUCCCGGCGGCGGUCACCCGCGUGGCGGAGGCCGCAUUCGAGCCGACAUCGACCCCGGGCGGCUCGCAGCAGACCCUGCCCACCAGUGCGGUUCUUGCCAUGCCCGAGUCCUCUCUCCUGCCCCUGGUCGGCUCGAAUGCGGCCUCGGCUGCCACUCCGUCGGCGGCCCCGGCGGAGGCCAAUCCACUGGCCCCGGGUGCCGGGCCCGAGGGGUCCCAGGAGCUGGUGCCGCCGCAGCCGCAGCCACCGCAGUCGCAGCCGCAGCCGCAGCCGCAGCCCUCCGGAUCUUCCUCUCGCCGUCGCCGUGUGCGGUUCCCCGCCUCGCCGCCGAUUGUCGAUGGCGGCCCGCUGCAUCGCGUGCGCCUGGCCGCGUCGGCUGCCCGGCAGGAGCUCAAUCGCGCGGAGGCCUCGCUGCUGGCCUGUGCCGAGGCGUAUGCCUCUCGGUCGGUGGCCGGUGAAACCGAGGCUGCGGCCGAGGCCGAGGCGGCCCUGGCCGCUGGUCUCGAUCCCAGCCUCUUCCUCACCGACCCGGAGGAGGUAGCCGAGCAGGAUCUCGAGCAUAUGGCAGAUGAGCCGGAGUCGGCGUCGGCCGCGGCCGAGGCUGCGGCAGCCGCCGCGGCCGAUGCCACCUCCCCGGCCAUUUCCCUCACCGAGGCCACACAACAAGCGGCCGAUGGUGCCGGUGCCGCUGGGUCGGAGGCUGGCGGCGUGGGCGUCCCCCCGGCCGGGGUGGUGGCCGGUCCGCCUGAUGGCCAAUCCGCCAGCCUCCCUGGUGUCUCUGGUGGCAUUGCGGCCGGCGCCGCGAGCCAGCCGAUUGGCAUUCCCACAACCGGCGGGUCUGGCUCCGGGGGGUCUGGCAGCCUGCCGGAUGACCCGAUUGCCGAGGCCCUGGCCGCCGGAGCGGUUGACGCCGAGGCCAUUGAGCAGCGCCGUCGUCUUGCUCUGGCCACCCUGGCGCCGGCCGGGUCCGAGGACACCGGCCCGCCGCCGGCUCUGUCGCAAUCGCCGCCGGCCAGCACCUCCGGCCUGGAGCUCCUGGCUCCGGUGACCGUGGUCAGCCAUCAUCCGACGGUGGUAUCGGCGGCUUCGGCCAUCGGGGCCACCGAUGGUGCUACCAUCGGUCCCGGCAGUGGCCCGGGGGGGACGGCCGUCGCUUCGGCCGGGUCCGGUGCCCUGGGCACCUCCUCGCCCCCGGCGUUUGGCACCGACUCGCCGGCCGAGGACAGCGACUCCAGCAUGUCCGACAUGUCGGCCGCCGCUUCGCGCUCCCUUCCCCAGCGCAUUCUCUUCCAGAAGCAGCAUCAGCAGCAGCUCCUCCUGCACUACCAGCACCAGAAGCAGGCGCAGCAGGCGGCCUACGAGCAGUACCAGCAGCAGCACAAGCAGCAGCUCCUGCAGCAGCAGCAGCAGAAGCAGAAGUCCGGCUCGUCGCAGCCGGGCCAGCAGCCCAACCAGCCUGGCAAUGCUUCCACCUCGCCGGUGGCCCAUCCGCUGGUGCAGCUGUAUCAGGUCCUGCAGCAGCAGCGCCACCUGCUGAAGCUCCAGUCCUACCACCUGCAGCAGGUGAAGGUUCUGACUCGGCAGCGCCAGAACAUCGAGGCGCUCCUGCUGGCCGACAGCCAGGCCGCCGACGCCGCCGCCGCCGCCGCCGAGGAUCCCACCGCCGCGAAUGUGUCCGUCGCUCGGUCGACCUCCACUCUGACCAUCGGCGAUUUGCUGGACGAGUCGAGCCCAGAGCGCCUGCGCCUGCAGCGCCUGCGCGACUAUCGUCACCAGAUUGCGAUGAUCGCCGAUCGGGCGCUGCAGCACCGGCGCCACUUGCGGCAGCUUGACCGCCAGCAUGCGGCCGUCCUGGGCUCCGGCCAGGCGGCCGCCGCGGCUGCUGCCAUCGCCCUGUCCGUGGCCGAGGCUACGGCCGUUGCGGCGCAUGGCUGGCCGGACUCCGAGCACGAGCGCCAGCUUCUCAAGUCACAGACGCCGGUUGCCAGCGCUCCGGCCGCCACCACUGCCGCCCCGGCCUCCGGUGCGUCUGCUGCCCUGGACUCGAGCACCGGCACAUCGGCCAAGGCCCCCGCCCCCGGGGCCGCCGCGGAGGCCUCCUCCUCGGCGGCCGGCAACUCGACCAUGGUUGUUCCCGCCAGCCCGCCCCUUCAGCCGGGCUCCAAGUCUGCCCGGCCCGAGUCGGCAGGGUCCUCGGCCACGGCAGGGUCCCCUCCGUCGUCGCUGGAUUCGGCCGCCGCCUCGGCCGCCGCCAGCGGCGGAACACACACCGCCAUGACAUCCAGCAGUCAGCCCAUGGUCCAGUCUCCGUCGGCCGUCGGGGCGGCCAGUUCGUCGGCCGCCACGCCGGCCGCCACCAGCAGCUCGGCGUCUGGCGUGUCAGCUACCUCGUCGGGUGCUCCCCUCUCGUCGGCCACAACGGCAGCCGCCCAUGCGUCUUCCUCUGCUUCGACCUCCACUUCGUCCUCCUCCUCGUCGUCCACUUCCUCCGCGGAGCUGCUCCAGUUUUACGUGCAACUUUGUGCCCGCUAUGCUGUCGAGCCGAGUGAGCCCAUCCUUCAGCAGAUCAAGGCCGCCGCCGAUGCCGGGCGUCGCCUCCGCACCCUGGACCUUUCUCUGCCGAACACGCCCCCGCUGCUGGGCCGCCGGAGUGCCGACAUCAUCGCCUACCUGACGCAGCAUAACCCGGCCCUUCGUGCGCUGGUGGUAGGCGCGCCGAAUGUGGAUGAUGAUGCCAUGGUCGCGCUGCUGGAUGCGCUGCUCUUCCACAAUGCGGUGGCUCGCUUCCGCGUGGUUGGCGGUGACAGCCUCCCGCCGGAUUGCCUGUCCCUGCCGCAUGGGCCAGGCGGCCCGGGGUCCGCGCGCAUUGGCCCGGACAGUCUUCGCCGCAUCGGCGUCUUCCUCAAGCGCAAUGAGAGUCUCUCGGCUCUGGAGGUGUCGCUGCUGUCUGGCCCGCCUCAUGGGACCAUCUCGGCCCUUGAGUCUCAGGUGGCCCUCCUCGACCCGGAUCGCAGCUACUUGACACGUUCCUUGGCCCUGGGCGCGAUGUCGGAAACCGCCGGGGCCGAUGCCCCGGACUCCCGGCCGGCCGGCAUUUUGCGCGGCUUCGCGGCCUUCUCCUCCGGCUCGAGCGGCGGCAGCGGCAGCGGCAGUGGCGGCCCCUCUCUUCGGUCGCUGUCGACCCUGCCCCCGACCAAUCCCUAUGUGCAGCAGCCACUGGAUCCGCGCAUUGGCGAGCUUCUCGGCCAGGGGGUUCGUCUGCUGACGGUGGCCCGGCUUGCCGGCUGUGGGCUCUACGGAGGCGCAUUGAUGGCCUUCGUCCGGGCCCUGGUGUUCGGCAGCUCGGACUCGCCGUAUGUCGACUGCCAUCCGAAUGCCUUCCUCCUGAGUGCGGCCUACCUGCAGCAGGAGGGCGCCGACGCGCUGGAGUCCACCACCAUCACCACCGCCGCCGAGCGAUCGGAGCCCGGGUCUGGUGGCGGCUCUUCGAUCAGUCGGUCGAGCUCGCCCAAUCCCGCCACUCGGCGCUCGGGGACCGGCGGCGGCGACCCCUCCGCUGGCCGCCCCUUCGGCGCGGCAUAUCCUCCCCCCUCGAGCCCGGUGACACAGCCGCCGGUGCGCGAGCGCGAAAGCAGCUCCCGCUCGACCUUGAGCAGUGCGGUCGGGCUGAUUUUCGGCGGCGGGUCCCGCAGCCGGAGCUCCUCGUCCAGUCGUAGCGGCAGCAGUGCUCCCUCUCCGUCGCCGACUUCCUCGCUGCCCGGUGGCAGCAGCGGAUCCAGCGGCGGCGGCCAGGGUGGCACGAGCGGCGAUUCCGAAACGCGCGAGGGGCGUCGCUCCCUGUCGCGCCUGCGCAGUGCUUCCCUUUCGUCGGCGAGCGCGCCCUCCUCGACGGCGGCCGGGUCGUCGGCCAGCUCGACCGGGCCCGGGUCCCCUUCGGCCGCUGCCGCCGCUGCCAGCUUGACCUCCUCAUCGUCCAUGAACUCCCUGUCAAGCCUGUCCUCCUCUUCGCCGAUGUCCCUGGCCGCGCCCUUGUCGGCCAAUGUGCAUGCUCCCUUGCCGAAGUCCAUCGAGGAUUAUCCGCCGGCCGCUUCGCUGCAGUUCCUCUCGCUGGCCUACAGCGCCGGGCGGUAUGCCGGAGCCACGGCCGCCGCCGGGCCCGAGGCCCUGGAUGGCCGAGCCCUUGCGGCCCUCUUCUCUCUGCCUUCCCUGCGGGUGUUGGACCUCGCUGGCAACCGCCUUGGGGAUCUGGGCGCCUCGCAGCUGGCCUCGGCCCUGUUGGAGGGGAUCCCCGCGGGCCUGGGGGUUGCUCUGUCGGCGGUUUCCUCGCCGGUGGACCUGCCCUCGGGUGGAUCGGGCCCGGCUGAUGUGGCCGGCAUGGCCGGUGCGGGCUCCGCGGCGCCCGGCGGGGCCUCCUCCUCCUCCUCCGGUGGGAGCAUGAUGCCGCUCCUGGCCGGCGACGAGGCCGAGGGUGAUAUGGCCCCCGGGGCCUCUGCCACCGUGGUGAGCACCUGCGCCGUCCGGCGCUUGUCGCUGGCGGAUUGCGGCAUGAGCUCCUCCGGCGUGGCCCUGGUCCUGGCGGCUCUUCGCCGGCGUGGCGCCCGCCUGGAUGCCCUGGACCUGAGUGGCAACCAGUUGGCCGGCACCAUCGGCUGGCAAAUGAUCAAGGAUGGCGUGGUGGCCCAGUCGACCUUGCGGUCGUUGGCCCUGGCCCGGACACGCAUCCGGACCGAGGGUGUCAUCGCCAUCUCGGAGGCGGUGGCCGAGCUGCCGCGUCUCCGGCAUCUGGAUCUGUCGGCCAAUGGGCCUCUUCCACUGGCCGGGCUGAUGGCCCUGCGCAUGGCGGCCAAGCAUGGCGGUGGCCUGCGGUCGAUUUGCCUCGACCGUCGGCCUGUACCGCCCCCGGCCGGGGCCGAUGCCACGGCUGAUGCCGCCCCGGCCGCGGCCGAGGCCGAAGAUGACGCCGAUGCCGGUGGCUGGGAGAUCGAAGACUCGAUUGACCAAAUUCUCCGGACGCACGUGCGCUAUCGCCGGUCCGGCCAGUCGCCUGGAUCGUCGGCCUCGGCGCCGCCCGCCUCGCCGCCUUCAGCUCCAUUGCCCUCCUCGGCGAUUUCCCGGGCGUCCUCCGGGACGGCCGCCGAUGAGGGGGCCUCGCCGGGUCUGCCUCCCUCUCCCGAGGACCUGGCGGAGUCUCUCCCCCCGGCGACGGCCACCGUCCCUGAUUCCGGUCCCCAGCCGUCUCCCGCUGUGGAUGGGCCACCGACGACGGUGCCAUCGGCCAUCGAGCCGGAGCAGCAGCAGCAGCAAGAGGUCCCCGAAGAGGCCCAGGUGGUGGUGACGCCGCCUGCCCCGGCCGCAGUGACUACCCGGCCGCCCGCGGCUGCGGGUGAUCUGGAGCCGGCCAUCCUGGCUGCCCUCGACUCGGUCCUCGGCUCCGUCCUGUCGGAGGCGGCCACUCCGCACAGCGCCGGCACCGGGAACUAGCCGCCAUCGUGCUGCUCCUUCUCUGUGUUCUCUCCCCCCUUGUUUUUUUUUUUCCUCCCGCCUUU